AGUGAAGGUUAUAAGCCUCUGCUUCAAUUAGUCGACAGCUUAUAAAUGUGGCAUUUUCUACGUUGUAAAAUUGUUUUCAUUUCAUAAAGUCAUAGAGACAUAUACAUUAUGGCAGUAAACAGGCUUUUUCUUCUGCUGGUUAUAGCGUUUGAAGUGUCUGCAAACCAACAAUCUAAAGCUGAGAUUGUGCGCAGACUCGGGAAACCCGCUCUACAAACCUUGGCGUUGGGUGCUUCCCCAAUUAACGAAACAUUGUCCGCCCGUACCGGAGUGUUCCUCGCUCCAUCCGAUACACAGUUUCAAUUCUCAGGCCAAUCAAUGAAAAUUAAUAAAGAAGAAAACGACGUUUUCACAGUCCUUUUAACAACCAGUGAGUUUAACUUGGAGGCAAACAGCCCGUUUGGCUCCCGGAUGUUGAAAGUAAAGUCAAAUUCAGCAAAGGAAGCCAUGCGAAUUUUGUUCAAUCUGAACUCAAAAGCCCGUAGAGAAACCACAUUUCCUUUGAACAAUUGUAAAAUUGAGAUUGAAAAGCGUGAGAAUGGUACACAAACAGAGUACAAAGCGAGAGUGGAGAAUUGUGCAGAUGAAGAUGGAUUUGAGAAGUAUUUUGUACUCGAUCUUAACUUCAAAUCAGGAGACGCAUCCCAGAUAUAUUCCAAAGAUCUUAACGGUCCGGAUAUUCAGCGAGUUAGCAAAUAUUUCAAAUACGCAAAGACAUAUUAUACCAGCACUGAAAGAGAUACAUAUUACACCAUCCUUAAUAACCCUGCACUGGAAGCUGACGAGAUUACUAUUACAAACUUUCACUUCACUGUUUCAUCUAAAUCGAAUCCUUCUCUUUUUAGUGAUGAUCUUUAUUCUACCUAUUACUGGAACUACUAUAUCUGAAUACAAAUACCAUUGUAAAAAGCAUCUCAGCUCAGAUAGGUAGUCUUACAUGUAUCUGGGGAAAUCCUCAAUUUAAACAUGUACAACAAAAUGCAUUCAUAAUUAAAUAAAGUUUGAUGCUUCCAACAAUUGUUUGAGCCCCUUUAGAUAUGCUGCAGCUUUAUUCAUAUCGCUCAAGUGUUAUUAUUAUACUUUCAUGUAAAAUACUGGAAUCUGAUUGGUUUAGACGCAGUUGAUAAUACGUUCUAUUACCCUCAGCGUUAUCAACACACUUGACAACGGGUAACACAACCAAUUGUUACAUGUGUGUAAAUUAUGCGCGUACGGUUCGCCAUAGAAUUCACGUCAUUUCAAUAUAAAUGCAGUAAAGUUUUCUUUAAAAUGGAGACAUUCAGUAUAAUAAAAGAAAUAGUGCCUGUUUGGGAG